GCACUGUCAAGAGAAGCAGCCAAUUUCGGCUUGGGAGAGACGAAGUACUACUUGGUGCUUAUUUUUGCGGCCAUCUUAUGGCAAUGUUUCUUUCUUGGCGCAGUUGGCGUGAUCUCUUGUGUGAACACGCUGCUCGCCGGAAUUCUCAUCGCCGUCUUCAUCCCUGUGGUGGAAGUCUUGGCCGUUAUCUUCCUUCACGAGAACUUUAGCGUUGAGAAAGGCAUGGCUUUGGUUCUCUGUCUCUGGGGAUUGGCUUCUUAUUCUUAUGGAGAGUACCGAGAAGCCAAGGAGAAGAAGGAACGAGCUGUUUCUCAUCAGGUUCAAACUUCAACG